UCCGAUCCGGGGCCGGAGAGAAGCCAGUGCCAUAUGUUUAAACAUUGCUACGAGCUCACUCCACAGUUCACUCACGACAAAGCAAGUCCAAUGCUCCGAAGUCACAAUCUUAAAAUGAUUUCACGUUUAAUAUUUGCUAACAACACUACCCAAAUUCACCAAUCAACUCUUCAAUCUUCAUUGCUUUACUCUCUUCCCCAAAUUCUCAACCACAAAUCGAGUUCCUCAAUCCAUUCUCACUCCUUUUCUUCAUCUGGGUCAUCUCCAGAUUCCAAUAAUCCCACCAUUCUCAAUCACAAAGACUGGUUAAGCCCCAAUGAGGUUCUCAAGCUCUUCCAAACUCUCAAAAACCCCAAUUCAACACUCUCUCUCUUAACCCAACUCUCAAAUCGCAUAGACUAUCGACCCAAUGAAGCUCUCUACACUGUGAUCGUCAACAAGCUCGCUCUAGCCAAGAACUUCGAUGGGAUUGAAGAUAUCAUGGAAAGAAUCAAACUUGAAAGAAGAAGUUACAGACUCUCUGAAGAUUUUUUCUACAAUGUUAUCAAGAUCUAUGGCAAUGUGGCGGGUCGUAUAAACCGAGCAAUAGAGACCCUUUUCGAUAUGCCCAAUUAUAAUUGUUGGCCAACGGUAAAAUCUUUCAAUUUCGUGUUGAAUUUGCUUGUUUCUUCGAAACAAUUUGAUGUUGUUCAUGAGGUUUAUAUGGGUGCUUCUAAGUUGGGUAUUGAGAUUGAUGCUUGUUGUUUGAAUAUCAUGAUUAAAGGGUUGUGUGGGUGUGGGGAUUUGAAUGCUGCAUUCCAAGUGCUCGAUGAAUUUCCUAAACAGGGUUGUAAGCCAAAUGUUAGAACUUAUUCGACUCUAAUGCAUGGGUUGUGUGAUCGUGGUCGGAUCGAAGAAGCAUUUGGGUUGUUUGAGAGGAUGGAGAAGGAGGGUAUAGAGCCGGAUACGAUUACAUUUAAUAUAUUGAUUUCGGGACUUGGGAAACAAGGGAGAGUUGACGAGGGGAUUGAGUUUUUGUAUAAGAUGAGGCUUAAGGGGUGUGACCCGAAUGCUGGAACUUAUCAGGAGGUCUUGUAUGGUUUGCUCAACACCAAGAAGUUUCUUGAGGCGAAGAAUUUUAUGGGUCGGAUGGUUUUGAUUGGGGUGAGUCCGAGUUUUGAUUCUUUCAAGUUGACAAUACAUGGACUUUGUGAUCAAAAUCUUGUGGAAGACGUGGAUUGGGUUUUGAAGCAAAUGGUGCAGCAUGGUUUUGUACCAAAGAUGGGAAUGUGGAAGCAGAUUCUUCGGUGUACGCUCUCUGGACACACUAGUUGUACUUUUGAAGAAAUUCUAAAAAACUAGCCUACUUGGAACAUUGAGAUCAUUAAUGGAGUUUUUCAUGAUGCUAGCCUAUUUGAAAAACUGGAAUCACUAAUGGUGUUACUUAUGCAACUACCAUAUUGCAAAAAGUACUUCUCUUCUAUAGAACGGAUAUGAAUGGUUUAAUCAACAUCUUAGAGGCCCUGCAUCACUUCAUUCAAACGCUCCUCCGUCAUAAAGAAUGCGAAAGAUUUUAUUGAUCAAUCACUUGAAGCUGCCUUUCUUUCUUUGCUUGCCACAAGGGAUGGCUCAACAUAGUUAACCAUGAGCAAGCCAAUGAUACAUAUGCCUAUGAGGAACAACUGCAAGUGGAAGCGGAUGAAUUUUAUCUUUCAAUGCUACAUGGGCAGCAAUCUGUACAGUAACCACCAAUAAUACUUCAACAUAUUUAUCUGUUUAUAGGAAGUUUACGUAUACAUAUUAAAAAAAUUAAAACAAGGUGGCCCAGAUUUUGUUGUCGUUCUGCUUGUGGCUGCAACGUAUAUGGAAAAUCACCAAUGUUAGUGCAGUCAGUUACAUGAAUUCUGUUUUGUCAUUUUGCUUGAUCAGGGGGCAUAAUCUUAGUUAAACUACAAGUUAACAUGACUGUUUU